AUGUCGGACAAACAUACGGUCAUUCUACAGGAUCGAGUGGGAGGCGGAAUCUCGAUGCAACGAAAAUUCGACUCGCUCUCCAUCCUCGCCCUCUCCGUAACGCUGCUCGCAUCAUGGGAAGGUCUUGCAAGUACACUUUCAUCAUCGUUGUUGAAUGGCGGUCCAUCCUCGUUGGUCUGGGGACUGUUGUUGUCACUCACUGGCACAUUGGCAAUGGCUUUCUCGCUGGCCGAGAUGGCCUCCAUUUGCCCUAUUGCCGGCGCACAGUAUCAUUGGACUGCGAUGUUUGCGCCGCCCGGAAUUCGACCUUUUAUUACAUGGAUGCAAGGCUGGGCUACAGUUUUUGCAUGGCAGUCAUCAACGACUAGUAUCUUCCUGCUUGUGGCAAAACAGGUCCAGGGGUUGAUCACAAUCAACUAUCCAGAAUACAAUCCAACCCAAUGGCAGAGUACCUUGCUCAUGUGGGCUUUUACAGCUUUCUCUUUUGCAGUCAAUGUUUGGGGUAUUCAGAUUCUGCCGCUUCUUCAGCUUUUCGGGGGGAUCUUUCAUGUGGUCUUCUUCAUUGCGCUUUCUGUCCCAUUGAUCUUGCUAGCACCACGAAGCACGCCUGAAUUCGUAUUCAAAACGGUUAUGAGCGAAGGCGGGUGGCAAAGUGAUGGCAUUUCGUGGUGUAUCGGCAUGCUUACAGUAACCUACUGUUUUCUAGGCUUUGAUGGUGCCGUUCACAUGAGUGAGGAAGUCCGCAAUCCUGCGAAGGUUGUACCACGUAUUAUCGUACAAUCCGUGGUUAUCAAUGGCGUGUUAGCCUUCGGAUUCGUUCUCAUCCUACUCUUCUUCAUCGGCGACGUCGGUGCUGCUCUCGAUCCUGCAUCCGGAUUUCCCAGUAUCGCCAUAUUUUAUCAAGCCACAGGCUCCGCAAAAGCUGCAACUGCUAUGCAAUGCGGCAUCACCGCCAUUGGACUGAUGUCUAGUAUUGGAGUCGUCGCCUCGGUUUCGCGUUUGACAUGGGCCUUUGCUCGCGACGGAGGACUUCCCUUUUCCAAGUUCUUCUCUCAAAUUGACAGCCGUUUCCACGUCCCCUUUCGUGCCAUCGGUCUUGUCUGUGUGGUUGUCGUUCUCCUUUCCCUAAUCAACAUUGGCUCUACCACAGCACUUAAUGCAAUCCUUGCCCUCAGCACAUGCUCGCUCUAUAUCUCAUAUCUGAUUCCCAUCAUAUUACUCGUUUUCCGACGUUUCGAUAAGUCCGGCACCCAGAUAAAUUGGGGUCCAUGGACUAUGAGGCCAUGGGUUGGCCUGGUGGUGAAUAUCUAUUCCAUCGUGUUUGGCCUUUUCAUCAUCGUCUUUACCCCCUUCCCAUCGAUGCUACCAGUCACAGCGGAGAAUAUGAAUUACUCCGGCCCCGUAUUCGUUGGUAUGGCUAUCCUUUUGGUCAUUGACUGGUUCUUCGGAGCUAAGACCAGGUUCAAGGGCCCGUUGAAGGAGCAAAUGCAAAAGGUGGCUAAUGCUUAG